CUGGUGGACCCGGCGGAGGAGGCAGUGCGCCGCCGGUGCCGCGACCCCAUCAACGUGGAGGGCCUGCUGCCAUCAAAAAUAAGGAUUAACUUAGAAGAUAAUGUACAAUCGGCUCCUGGGGGGAUUCUCGACUUAAACAAGGUCGCCACAAAACUGGGCGUGCGGAAACGAAGAGUGUAUGACAUCACCAAUGUCUUAGAUGGAAUCGAUCUGGUUGAAAAAAAGUCUAAGAACCAUAUUCGAUGGAUAGGAUCUGAUCUUAGCAGCCUCGGAGCAGCGCCUCAACAGAAGAAGCUGCAGCAGGAGCUCUCUGACCUGUCGGCGAUGGAAGACGCUUUGGACGAGCUGAUCAAGGACUGUGCACAGCAGCUGUUCGAGCUGACAGACGACAAAGAAAAUGAAAGACUAGCCUACGUGACGUACCAGGACAUCCACAGCAUCCAGGCCUUCCACGAGCAGAUUGUCAUUGCGGUGAAGGCCCCGGCGGAGACCAGGCUGGACGUCCCGGCCCCCAGAGAAGACUCCGUCACCGUGCAUAUCAGGAGCACCAAAGGCCCCAUCGAUGUCUAUCUGUGUGAGGUAGAGAACGACCACUCGGGCGGCAGAGUGUCUGGCGGGGCGGGCACGUCCUCGUCUAAGAGCCGGCGCCCAGGGCCCCCCGGCGAAGAGGAAGAUCCUCCACAGCAAUGUGAAGAAUUGCUUGAAGUGAGCAACUGAUUGCAUUUGCAGAUUCGUGUAUGAAGUUUUGGAGGAACUUCCUGUAUGGUUGAAUUAUGCAUCAAAUUUGAUUCUCAGAGCAAUAAAUCAGCCAUGAGGUUCUCUCGUUCUCCGGGACAGCAUCAAGGCCAGUAGAGUCUCUGAGUAGUUCCCUACUGAGGUUACUGGUAAUUAUGGUUUCUGCAUUUGAAAACAACUCUUUUUAUAAUGAUUCGCUGCUUUUAGUCAGUGAAAUUGACACCCUGCCUACUGAACUAACUCCAUCAUGAAGCGCAUCCCCGAGACGGGUCAGGCCUGAAGCAGGCCAUGCUUGGCGGGCCUGGCCUUCCCUUCAAGGAUCAUGUGUCACAGUCACCCAGGAAAUUGCCUUAUACGGGUUCAUGUCUGCAGUUAGCUCUUGGAUGAGUGCACACAGGCAUCUAACUGUGAUGUCUUUGUAUAUAUCUGUAAAAUGUUUGGAUUACUUACGUAAUAUGUCUAAGUAAAACGGUCCAGCCUUGUACAGCCAAAAUAAUGUAUAUAUGGAAAGUAACAAAUUCUCUAAUUUCUGUGGUACCUAUAACUUAUUAGAAUCCUCUGAAUGGGGGUUAGAGGAAAGUUUUUUCCAAACUUCUACAUGUAGAAGUAUCAUGAAUACGCUCUACAUCUAAAAAUCAUGAAUUUAAGUAAAGUAUUUCAGUAUGGUUCCCAGUGCUGAAAUUGAAAUCUGAUCCUUCUCGAUUUCAAGCUCCCUGCAGGGUGCUGCGCGCCCCGCGAGUCUCGGGGUGGGUGUGAAAUACUAUCAGGUACUGGCUUCAUUCUUCGCAAGACAUGAAUUCAAUCAUGAUGAACAUUGGACACUGUUUUAACCUUUUUGCAGGCACAUUUUGUAAUGUUUCUGUGCGCAGCCUCGCUUUUCAGUCCACGGGGUUCACUUCCGAUGAGCCCGUGUGCCCUGCCCUCUCUCCGGCUCUAGUCUCACGGCCCCGAGAACCUGGCUGUUUCUACCUCAUUGGGUAAAUCAUUUACCACUCUGUGCCUCAGUUUACUCCCUAGUUUACCAUUAGACUGUGAGCUCCUUGAGGGACUUUGUCUUAAUCAUUGUUCUGCCCAGCGCCUUGCACCAUGCCUGGCACGGAAAAAGUGCUCAAUAAAUGUUUGAACAAAUCA